AUGGGUGGUCUAGUUGGUGGUCUAGUUGGUGGCCUAGUUGGUGGUCUAGUUGGUGGCCUAGUUGGUGGUCUAGUUGGUGGCCUAGUUGGUGGUCUAGUUGGUGGCCUAGUUGGUGGCCUAGUUGGUGGCCUAGUUGGUGGCCUAGUUGGUGGUCUAGUUGGUGGUCUAGUUGGUGGCCUAGUUGGUGGCCUAGUUGGUGGCCUAGUUGGUGGCCUAGUUGGUGGUCUAGUUGGUGGUCUAGUUGGUGGCCUAGUUGGUGGUCUAGUUGGUGGCCUAGUUGGUGGUCUAGUUGGUGGUCUAGUUGGUGGCCUAGUUGGUGGUCUAGUUGGUGGUCUAGUUGGUGGCCUAGUUGGUGGCCUAGUUGGUGGCCUAGUUGGUGGUCUAGUUGGUGGUCUAGUUGGUGGCCUAGUUGGUGGCCUAGUUGGUGGCCUAGUUGGUGGUCUAGUUGGUGGCCUAGUUGGUGGUCUAGUUGGUGGUCUAGUGGUGGCCUAG